AUGGAGGACGAAAUUGCCGCCCUCGUCAUCGACAAUGGCUCUGGUAUGUGUAAAGCUGGAUUUGCCGGUGAUGAUGCUCCACGGGCAGUGUUCCCAUCGAUCGUUGGAAGACCACGCCAUCAAGGAGUGAUGGUCGGUAUGGGCCAAAAGGAUUCGUAUGUCGGCGAUGAGGCUCAGGCUAAACGAGGUAUCCUCACUCUUCGCUAUCCUAUUGAACACGGAAUCGUGACAAAUUGGGACGAUAUGGAGAAAAUCUGGCAUCACACGUUUUAUAAUGAGCUCAGAAUCGCUCCUGAAGAGCACCCAGUUCUCCUCACCGAGGCCCCACUAAACCCCAAGAGCAACAGAGAAAAGAUGACACAGAUCAUGUUCGAAACAUUCAACACCCCGGCGAUGUAUGUGAACAUCCAAGCUGUACUUUCUCUGUACGCUUCCGGUCGAACUACCGGAAUCGUGCUCGACACUGGAGAUGGUGUCACCCACACCGUGCCAAUCUAUGAGGGUUAUGCUCUGCCGCACGCAAUCCAACGCCUUGAUCUGGCUGGUCGUGACCUCACCGACUACAUGAUGAAGAUUCUCACCGAGCGUGGCUACACUUUCACCACAACGGCUGAACGAGAGAUCGUUCGUGAUAUCAAAGAGAAGCUGUGCUAUGUGGCGCUGGACUUUGAGCAGGAACUCGCCAAUGCUGCCAGUUCUUCGUCGUUGGAAAAGAGCUACGAACUCCCUGACGGCCAGGUAAUCACCAUCGGUAAUGAGCGAUUCCGCUGUCCCGAGGUGCUUUUCCAACCGGCUUUCAUCGGUAUGGAAUCCCUUGGAAUUCACGAGACCACCUAUCACUCGAUAAUGAAGUGCGAUGUCGAUAUCAGAAAGGAUCUCUAUGCCAACACUGUUCUAUCUGGUGGAACUUCAAUGUUCCCAGGAAUUGCCGACAGAAUGCAGAAGGAAAUCCAAAACUUGGCACCAAGCACGAUGAAGAUCAAGAUCAUUGCACCACCCGAGAGGAAGUAUUCCGUAUGGAUCGGAGGAUCCAUCCUUGCCUCCUCUGUCCACCUUCCAACAGAUGUGGAUCUCUAA